AGACAUCAGCGUUAGCAGCCAGUCAGGGAGCAUCCUGCGCUGGGUAGAGAUGGCGUCCCUUUUGCAGCCAGAUAGAGUUGUCUAUCUGGUUCGUGGGGAGAAAAGAAUCAGAGCCCCUUUAUCUCAGCUUUAUUUCUGUCGCUACUGUAGUGAACUACGGUCUCUGGAAUGCGUGUCUCACGAGGUGGACUCUCACUACUGUCCAAGCUGUCUGGAGAACAUGCCUUCAGCAGAGGCCAAACUUAAGAAGAACAGGUGUGCAAAUUGUUUCGACUGCCCAUGUUGCAUGCACACACUGUCUACUCGGGCCACUAACAUCCCAGCUCCUCUGCCCGAUGAUCCGACCAAGACGGCCAUGAAGAAAGCCUACUAUUUGGCCUGUGGUUUCUGUCGCUGGACCUCAAGGGAUGUGGGAAUGGCUGACAAAUCAGUUGCGAGCGGUGGAUGGCAAGAGCCGGAGAACCCUCACACUCAGCGGAUCAACAAGCUGAUAGAGUAUUAUCAGCAGCUGGCUCACCGAGAGAAGCAAGAGCGAGACAGGAAGAAGUUGGCCAGGAGACGACAGUGCAUGCCCCUGGCAUUCUCGCAACACACUAUUCAUGUGGUGGAAAAAUAUGGCCUUGGAACCAGACUGCAGAAACAGAGGUCUGGAGCUCCUAUAUCAAGCCUGGCUGGCCUCUCCCUUAAAGAGGGUGAGGACCAGAAAGAGAUCAGCAUCGAACCUGCCCAGGCCCUUGAUGAAGUGGAGCCUCUCCCUGAGGAUUGUUAUACCAGACCCAUUAGUUUACCGGAAGUGACCACGCUGCGCCAGCGACUUCUGCAGCCAGACUUCCAGCCUGCAGGAGCGUCGCAGCUUCACCCCCGACACAAGCACCUCCUGAUGAAGCGCUCGCUGCGAUGCAGGAAAUGCGAGCACAACUUGAGCAAGCCAGAGUUCAAUCCUACUUCAAUCAAGUUUAAAAUUCAGUUGGUGGCUGUGAGUUAUAUCCCUGAAGUGAGAAUUAUGUCCAUUCCAAAUCUCCGGUACAUGAAGGAGAGCCAGGUGCUGCUGACCCUCACCAACCCGGUGGAGAACAUCACCCACGUCACCCUUGCUGCUUGUGAGGAGGAAGAUCCUGAUGACAUCAACAGCACUGCCAAGGUUAUAGUACCCACUAAGGAGCUGGUCUUGGCAGGAAAGGAUGCUGCUGCUGAGUAUGACGAACUGGCUGAACCUCAGGACUUCCAGGAUGACCCAGAUGUUGUUGCCUUCAGGAAAUCCAACAAGAUCGGUUUCUUCAUCAAAGUGAUCCCUCAGAAAGAAGAGGACGCGGAUGUCACUGUUUCGUUUAAGGUCCGACACGACUUCCGCAACCUCGCAGCUCCCAUGAGGCCGAGCGAGGAGGCAGGCGACGCUGCCGCUGAAGCCAUUUGGCUGGUGCAGAACGUAGAGCUGAGGCUGGGGCCGCUCGCCCCCUGAACACGAGUACUGUGUCUGACAGUGUUGGGCUCUUUGAAAUAACUUCUUUACAGCUGUUGGAUUAAUUUAAUUUAGAACUAAUUUCUGAUUCAGCUCAUUGACGUGUACAAACAAUAUUAGUACCAAGAUUUCAGAUGCUGUUUUUAUUUUGUUUCGGCAGCUGAUACUUUGUGGAAAAUACAGUAAUUACAUGAGAUAGCCGAGCUCCCUGUGCUGCUCGUCACAUUAAAUGCAGCAUCUUAAACAACUACAUACUGUAUUUCACCUGUAUGUCAUCCUCUUCCUUAGCAUAAACUCUACAGCAUCUAUCAGUAUAAAGCAGUUUUCGCGUGUGGUAAGUUACAGGACACAAUCUUAUGAAUAGAUAUAAUUAGUUAUGAAAGUGUUAAGUUUUAUUUUGAAAAAGGAUUUAAAUACAGUAUUUUCUUAAAUAGCAAAGCAACUAUAACCUCUCAGCCUCUGCCUACACCUUUUUGUCUUCUUAAAUGUGUUAGCUGUGAACUCUUUUGUGGCAUAUUGGUCUUUACUGUCUGUAAAAAAAUAGCAGGUUAUGUUCAAAGAUGAGAGCAAAUGGUUAUACAUUAAUACGACGCCAUCAUUGAAACUGUUGAGAAUAAACGAGUGCGGUCAAUGAGCAGAAUCAGAAAUCAGAAUGGAGAACAAUCUGAACAAGUCCCAGCGGUGCAGCACACACUACUUCUGCGCUUCUAGCUAAUGUAACCUCGUCAGCAGCGUUUUCUGGGCACAAAAUAGUAUUGUAUUAACUUGCAUGCUUCCACUCUAGUAAAUAUCACACACGUUAGACAAUGCCAUCUCGAUUCUGUACUGUUUUCUCACCAUGAAGGUUGUGGGGUAGAAGAUGUUACUUGCCGUACUUUCACCAUCGUCUGAAGGCUUGCAGUGACUGUUAUCAGCACUAUCAAGAGGAUGUAUAGGAAGCUUUGUAAAUUACAUAAAGUACAAAGUGCUCAUCAUGUCUAUGUACUGAGACACUAUCGUUUCAUCUGAUUUGAAUACUUUUUGGUUUGUGGAAGUUGCUGACCUCCCUGUCAGUGUGUAUCGUAAGCUGCUGUCAUUUUUUUGGUCUCCAGUGUGUAAAAAAAAAUAUACAGCCUUACAUUGCGGUUAAUUGUCUGUACUGGCGAAUAAAGUAAUGCAAUACUGUAAAAGAA